ACUGAUUGUCCCGAUGUGUUGCAAGAAACCUCAGAUCUGUUAAUAUUUGACAAUGACCAAGGUUUACUUGGCUUAAAUACAAAUAACAGUUUUUCUAUCUCUCAAAAUGAUUUUAGUGAUGAUCUAUACCUUUCCAAUGACAUCGAAUUUGUUAAUACAGAUUUGAACGAAAUUGAGUAUCAAAAUGAUGUUUUAGAGUUAGACAGUGAACCUGAAGAUGAAAUGUUAGAGUUAGAAAUUGGGCUUUCUUUCUUUAAUUUGUCAGAAUUUAAGACCUGGCUCAACAAAUUCGCUAAACAAAAAAGGUUCAACUACAAGGUGCGAAAUCAAUUUACAGCUGGUGUUCAAAGUAUGCAAAGGAUAGAGUCGAUUAAUAAGUUGAUUCAUGAUAAGGUUGAUCAGGCUACUUCUUUGUGUGAUUUGCUUGCAACUAUUAAUAGUUGUGUUAAAAAUAAAGAACAGUUUGAAAAAUUUGAAAUUGAACAUAAUGUAUUACCAAAAGUUGGACUACCAUCAUUGAAUAACAGAUUUUUUAAAGAA